AUGGCGUCAAGUGACGAUGAGCAUAGUGAAAACGAGAGUAUCAAAAGCGACAAAAGUAAUAGUUUAACAGAAAAUUAUUAUAAAUGUUGUGCGAAAAAAGCUUGCACUAUACAAGUAUGUAUAAAUUGUGAAGGUAUUUUUCACGGUUCCUGCGUGAAAAAGAAAAAUAUUAAAGUUCUGAGUAAACGUCAUAUAGAAUGCUGUGAUAAGAUUCCUGACAAACAGAAGAAAAUGAAUAAAGAAGAAAUAUUGGAACUCAAAAUUGAAUAUAUAAGUAAGUUACUUGCUGAAUGCCAGGAAAAGAACGAAGUUUUAAAAGAAAACAAUUCACUUUUAAAAGAAAAUAAUAGGUUAUUAUUAUUACAAUUGAACUCCAUAAAUAAAAAAAGUGAAACAAAAAAUAUAUCAGAAUAUGCAAACAUUGUGAAGAAUGGAUGUCAAAAUGAUAUAAACAAAAUAGUUCCAAAAAUAUUAGUUCAAACAUCUGACAGAAGUAGCGAGAGACCUAACAAACAUAACCUAAGCGUUGACCAGCGAACGCAACUGUCGCAACUUGGGAAUAAACAAACAACUCGUAACCCUACGCAUAGACAAGAUAUACCUAGGGCUGUAGAGAUUAAGGAUGAUAACAACAAGGCAGAAAAAGGAGAUGAUUUCAUACAAGUACGAAGAAAAAAAUAUCACAAAAGACUGGGCACUGCAACUGUAUCAGAAGAAGUAAUAAAAACAGGGUUUUCAGGAGCGGAGAGGAAGCACCAUUAACCAGAAAAGAUAAUUUAUAUGAACCAUCAUUCUGGCCCCCAAAUGUAGGAAUCAGAAGAUUUAAUUUUGAGAUAUAUAAAAGGAAUAAUGGAGGGCAUUUUUUAGUUCAAUAAAUGACGACUGCAAGAGACCACAUAAAUAUGAAGUAAUAAUCAAACCAAUAAUUUCAAAAAUGAGUUUAAUCCAUCAAAAUGUACAAUCUAUCGGUAAUACCAUCAAUAAAUUGGAAUAUGGACUUCAGGACCAUAAGGAGUGCAUGAUAUUAUGUUUAACUGAACAUUGGAAAUCUAAAGAACAACUUAUUAGUUUGCCAGUAAAAGAUUUCAAUCUCAUAGGAAGUUUCUGCAGAACAGAGGGUAGCCAUGGAGGGUCAGCAGUUUAUCUGCAUAAAUCGAUUGAAGGAAAAAAAAGAGAAGAACUUCAAAAAUUCUCGCAAUGUGGGGAUAUUGAAUGUGCAGCAGUGGAAUUUUAUGGAAAGAACACAAGUGUGAUAGUUCUCACAAUAUAUAGGCCACCUAAUGGGGAUAUGAAGACUUUCUUCUUUAAAUUAGAAAAUAUUCUGGACAAAAUUCAUCAAGAAAAUAAACUUAUCAUUAUUGCGGGUGAUUUUAAUAUAGAACUGUUGCAAAUGAACAAAGAUAGAUCGGAAUUUAUGAACCUUAUGGAAUCAUUCAACCUUUAUAUAUAUAUGAAUAAUUUACCCAUAACAACUACAGAUUUUUCACAUAUGGAAACCAUUAAUAAAUCCUUUUAUCUAAAACCUACAACAUCUACAGAAAUUGAAAACCUAGGCAAGUCAAUAAAAAACAAAUUUAGCAGCGGAGAAGACGAAAUUCCUAUAAUUAUAAUUAAGUUAGCAUUACCAGCUGUCAGUGAAAUAAUGUCUGUCAUCAUCAACAACUCCUUCAAAUAUGGCAUCUUUCCCGAAUCACUGAAACUCGCAUCAAUAAAACCAUUGUUUAAGGAAGGAAAACCAGAAGAUAUAAACAACUACAGACCCAUAAGUUUAUUACCAGGAUUUUCAAGAAUUUUUGAAAUGUUGAUGUCAUCAAGGCUGAUGAAUUUUUUUGUUGAGAAUGAGCUAUUUACCGACGCCCAGCAUGGUUACCUUCAAGGACGCUCAACUCGAACAGCAAUUUUUUGGUUUGUGCAGUACAUAAUACAACAGCUUGAGCAUAAUAAAAUGGCAUUGGGUAUAUUUUUAGAUUUGUCCAAAGCAUAUGAUUCAAUAGAUACAAUAUAUCUCUUACAAAAACUUGAAUUUUAUGGUGUAAGAGGAAAUGCAAACAAAUGGUUGAAAUCAUUUGUAACAAACAGGAAACAGAGAGUAACUAUCACUCAAAAUAAUGUAACUGCCAAGUCUAAAAUAUUAACUCGCGCCACAGGAAUUGACCAAGGAAGCACACUCGGAGGUAUUUUGUUCAUUAUAUAUCUUAAUGAUCUAGGAGUAUUAUUGUUAAAAAUUCAAGAAUUUGUUGUUAAUUAUGUUGAUGAUACCAGUUUAUUAGUAAGCGAUGUAAAUUUCGAAGAACUCACAAGGAAAGCUGGUCAAUUAUUUCUUAAGUCCAAAGCAUGGUUUGACCAAAAUAAAUUAAUAUUGAAUGAAAGUAAAUCAAAAGCUAUUCUAUUUGAUACAAGCAGAUCACAAAAAGAAAAAUCAAAUAUUAUAAGUUGGCCAGGAUACAGUUUUCAGCUAUCAGAUUGUGUAAAAUUUCUGGGAGUACACAUUGACCAAUUUCUUAAUUGGCGUCAACACACUGAGAUCCUGUCAAUUAAAUUAAGUAGAAUAUGUUUUGCAUUGAGAUCCAUCACUAGAUACUUGAAUGAAAGAACUUUAAAAAUAGUUUAUUUUGGGAAUUUUGAAGCAAAUGUCAAUUAUGGAAUAAUAUUUUGGGGAAAUAAUGAAAAUUUAAAUAAAAUAUUUUUGAUACAAAAAAGGGCUUUCCGCAUAGUUUUUAAGUUAAAAUUUAGGGAAUCUUGUAGGGGAAAAUUUAGAAAUAAGAAUGUUUUCACAGUCUUUGGUCUAUAUUUGUUCGAAUGUUUGUUGUUUCUGCACAAAAAUAGGCACAAUUUUGCAGAAGAGAAUUUAAAUAUAUAUAACACAAGAUCUUUAGACAUAAACUUUCCUGCACAUAGGUUAACAUUAACAGAGAAAUGUCCAUCUUACAUGAGUAUAAGAGCUUUCAAUAAGUUGCCUAAUCAAAUUAAAUGUAUAUCAGAUUACAAACUAUUCAGGAAUAGAAUAAAGAAUUUAUUAAUAAUGUUAGAGCCAUAUAGUCUGGCAGAAUAUUUCGAAGGGGCGGUAUAAGGGCCUGUAAAUGUAUGACGUCAUUUCACUUAAAUUUUUCUUUGUAUAACAUUGUAUUUGUUUAUUUGAAAUAAAGAAGCAUUAUCUAUC